GUCCCAAAGGAGCCAGAGCCGGCUGCCCCAGAAAUCAAACCAAAGGGACGUGGUCGUGGUAAAGGCCGCAGCCGCGGCAAGGGCAGCAAAAGUGAAGAUGUUGGUCCAGCACCCAAAAAAGAUAUUGAGGAUUCCAAGGAAAAGGAUGAAAAAACUGAAAAAGCAAAGAAAGGACCAUUCUUGCUUACCAACUUGGUUCGUGUUGGAAACCAGAUGCGAGGGGCAAGCACAUGGAGUAUUUUGCAAAAUGCACUGCAGAAGGUGAUUGAGCAAAAGCUUGUCUUGCGUCCAUUGUCAUCCCGCCCGCAAAGUGCACUUGAUCAAUUGAAAUUCAACAUCGAGAUCUUGAAACUCUUGGGUAAGUUACCUUCAGGCUUUGAUUUCAAUGCGACUGAAUUGUCUGAAGACUCUGAUCAGCAUAGCACGGCCAACAGCAAGAAGCAGAGUGAACUCGUGGAGUCAGCAUCUGAACUUUUGAGGCUGGUUGGCUAUUCCGACUGGCAGGGGAAGGACUUGAUCGUGUACGUAGAUGACUCAGCAUUAGAGAAUGGCAUGCAGCAGGAAAAACUUCGACAUGCAGUUGUAGAUCACGUGACGAUCUUGUAUCGACAUAUCUUUCUUGCCUCGAAACCCAGCAGACCAGCCCAAGCUCGCUGGACAGGGGUGGCUAGUGUAGCUGAGUUUGCAUUGGGUUUGUCAUUAUCUUUUGGAAUGCUACAGCCACUCUUUGCAUCUCUGGCAUCGAAAGACAGUGACAGUAGCGGAUUGGCGAAGACCAUGGACAAGGAUGCUGAUGUCUGGGCCCCAUUUGAAUCAGCAUUGAGCAGGAAGCAGUGA